ACCAACCAAUCCCAUUCACACACCACACACUCUCAACUCAUCAAAAAUCUACCACACAAACCAAUCAAGAAAGUAAUUCAAGAAAAGGGGGGUGAGAGGAGUUUGUGGAUAAUUGGUUUGAUCAUAAGCAAAAAAUGGCCUCAACUGCAUGCUUCUUGCACCACCAUGCAGCAAUCUCCACCCCUGCUGCAAGAACAAGUUCCGGCAGAAAUGUGCCGUCUUUGAAGCCCAGCCAGCUUAUUUGCCGAGCCCAGAAGCAGGCUGAGGCCCAAGAAUCUGACAGCGCCGCUGCCGUUGUUUCCCGGAGAUUGGCUCUCACUGUGCUGAUUGGGGCUGCUGCUGUUGGCUCUAAGGUUUCACCAGCUGACGCUGCUUAUGGAGAAUCUGCUAACAUCUUUGGGAAGCCGAAGACAAACACAGAUUUCAAGCCUUACUCUGGGGAAGGAUUCAAGCUGUCCAUCCCCUCAAAGUGGAACCCAAGCAAUGAGGUUGAGUUCCCUGGCCAGGUCCUGAGGUAUGAGGACAACUUCGAUGCAACGAGCUACCUCACCGUCACAAUCAACCCCACAGACAAGAAGUCGAUAACUGACUAUGGCUCCCCUGAGGACUUCCUCUCCAAGGUGGACUAUCUGCUGGGGAAACAAGCAUACUUUGGUAAAACUGAUUCAGAGGGUGGAUUCGACUCCGGGGUCGUGGCAACUGCAAACAUAUUGGAAACUUCAACCCCAGUGGUUGGUGGAACACAGUAUUACUUCUUAUCAGUGUUGACGAGAACAGCCGAUGGAGAUGAAGGUGGCAAGCACCAGCUCAUCACAGCGACCGUUAAGGAUGGUAAGCUCUACAUCUGCAAGGCACAAGCUGGAGACAAGAGAUGGUUCAAGGGUGCAAGGAAGUUUGUUGAGAAUGCAGCAAGUUCUUUCAGUGUCGCUUAAGGAGAGAUAAGAGGAUAUGUGAGUAUGUUGUAUCUAAUUUGCUGAAACUUUUCACCCCACCCCUUAAGUAUUAGAGCUGUCAAGUUAUGUCCAAGGAAGUUAUUGUGGAUAUUCCAAACAUGUUUUUUGCACAAGGGAAUUAAUGUUAUAUCAAAAGGCUAAAGUGCAUCUCUUCUCUCCC